AUGAUUCCAGCAUCCAAAACAGAGCAGACCACUCGAGAGGCUCUGCGCAUCGGAUAUCGCCAUGUCGACUCCGCAAUUAUGUAUCGCAACGAAAAGCCUUGCGGGCGUGCAAUAGCUGCCUCCGGGAUCGACAGAUCCGAGAUCUUCUUCACUACUAAGAUUCCCCCGGGGUCAAUGGGGUACAAUGCUACCAAGCGGGCGAUCGAGUCGAGCCUGAAAACCGCGGAGCAGGAUUACUUCGACCUAGUUCUCCUCCACGCUCCCUACGGCGGAAAAGAAGCCCGACUCGGCUCGUGGAAAGCCCUCGUUGAAGCCCAGAGAGCUGGAAAGACCAAAUCCAUCGGCGUCUCGAACUACGGCAUCCAUCACCUUGACGAACUAGAGGCGUACAUCCAGUCCAGCGGCGACGGGAGCAAGAUCGAUGUCGGGCAGUACGAGAUACACCCGUGGUGUGACCGGUCGGGGAUCAUCGAGUGGCUCCAGAAGCGGGAUAUCAUUGUCGAGGCGUAUUCGCCUUUGGCGCAUGGUGAGAGGAUGAAGGAGCCGCUGUUGGCAAAUCUGGGGAAGAAGUAUGGCAAGUCGCCGGCACAGAUUAUGAUUCGGUGGGGGUUGCAGAAGGGCCUUGUACCACUUCCCAAAUCCGUCACGCCCAAUCGCAUCCAGGAGAACGCGGAGGUGUUUGAUUUCGAACUGUCGGAUGAGGAUAUGAAGACUCUGCACACGGGAGAGUAUUCACCGACGGACUGGGAUCCUACUCUUGACUAUGAUUAG